AUGCGCCCCUCUUCAAGAUUGCUUCAACACGCCUGUCGAAUCACGCUCUUCACCCGAGAAAACUGCUCCCUGUGUACCAAUGCCAAAUCGACUCUGUCAGCUGUGUGGGACAAACGCCCCUUUGACUACAAAGAGAUCAAUGUCAUGAAACCCGGAGCUAAUGGUUGGAAAGACUUGUAUGAGUUUGAUACUCCAGUGAUCCAUGUCAGCAGUUCUAAAACACCUGACGAGCGUCCGGAACUCUCCUCGAAAGCCCAAAAGCUCAUGCACAGGUUUACUGCUGAGCAGGUGACUGAGAAAAUGGAUGCAGUAGAGCCUCGGGCAAACUAA